CUUGUCUUGGUGUGGGACCGUCUGAUUUUGCUCUUUUCCAUGUUGAUAUUAGGUGCUACGUAGUAAUUAUUAUUACAUAGUACAAAUUGACCUACUAUUUAUGUAGGUUAGCUUAAAUCGACAUUUGAACUCGGCGUCUUCAACUCCGAAAGUAGGAGUGUUAUACGUUCGUCAUCCCAAACUUACCCCUCGUCACCUAAUAAUACUAGGAAUACUAGGAAUACUAGGAAUACUAGGAAUACUAGGAAUACUUCUAACUUGAAUUCACUCUCAACCAUGGAGCCAAUUGAUCUUCUCAUCGGCCGACCAUCGCCGCGCUUGCAAGCUGCAGAAAAAUUAGCAGCGGCCUCUCAAAUCAUCUUAUCUCAACCCGAGAAAUCCGAUUGCGCUUUGACAUAUGGGCCGGACCAUGGCGAAGACGAAAUUCGCGAACAUGUCGCUACUUGGCUCAGCCAGAAAUAUCGGCCUUCUUCUGGCCCCGUGACCCGGGAGCGCACCAUUAUUACGAAUGGAGCUUCGGGGGGGCUCGCCGCAAUCUUACAGAAAUUCACUGACCCGUUGUACACACGUCGCAUCUUCCUUGUAGAUCCAACCUACUUCCUCGCAGCUCCAUCCUUCUUCGACGCAGGCUUUGGGCAGAAGAUGCAGGGGAUUCCCGAAGACAAUGAAGGAAUUAGUAUAGAGUUUCUUCAACUCAGACUUGACGAAGAAGAGUCCAAGCAUGCUAGCACAGAAAUCGGAGUGAAGCUUCCUGACCACGAGUACAAAAAGCUCUAUAAAUAUGUUUUGUAUAUGGUUCCAACACUAUCCAAUCCUAGUGGCAAGGUAAUGUCAUUGCAUCAUCGCAAAGUGUUGGUGGAACUGGCACGCAAAUUUGAUAUUCUUCUGAUCGCGGACGACGUCUAUGACUUUUUGGCCUGGCCAACCGAUAACAACCUUUCUCACAAGGGCUUAGACCUACCUCCGAGACUGAUAGAUCUUGAUCGCCAGAUGCCCGGAACGAGUGAAUGGGGCAAUGCCGUAAGCAAUGGGUCUUUCUCGAAGUUGGUCGCGCCAGGUCUGCGGGUUGGAUGGUGUGAGGCAAUGCCUAGAUUUAUCUAUGCAAUUUCUUCGUACGGGCCCACGAGUUCUGGAGGUUGCCAGUCACAGUAUACCUCUUUCCUGAUAGACCACAUGUUGGUGUCGGGGAUUCUAGAACAACAUGUGAACGACGUACUGAUUCCGAUCUAUCGAAAAAGAUAUAAUGCUCUAGUCAAAGCCAUCAAGACCUAUCUCUAUCCACUGGGGAUCAAAAUCUCGACAGGAGUUCCUUACGAAAUUGCCGUCAAAGAUGAAGAGGGCAAUUAUACCCAAACAAUGCUGGCAGGCGGGUUUUUCCUAUAUAUAGAGUACCCGACUGAUGACACAUUUCCCGAAGUCAUGGACAUUGUUCGUCUUGGCAAGAAUGAAUACGCACUGGACAUUGCACCUGGCGUAAUAUUCGCCGUUCAAGGAGACCCUGAAAGUCUCAAAAGGGCAGAAAUGACCUACAAGCGAGGAACCAGGCUAUGUUGGGCAUGGAAUGAAGAAGAGGUGCUAGUCGACGCGGUUCAAAGGUUCGCCAAGAUCAUCCAUCAAGCAAAAGAAUCAAUCCGUUAGAUUUUAUAGGCUCUCAUAGAGGCUCAGAUGGCUACGGGAUGUUCUAUUGGUAUAAAUUAUUGGUAAGAUAUAUUAAAUAAAACUGAAAAGCAGAGGUGUUGGUUAUUGUCUUAUGUGUGUAGGGCUUUGUCCUACUUGACUAGCCACGAUGUAACAGCUCACAAGAAAAGGGGGUGUGAGAAAGAUACCGAAAGCUUGUCUCGGCAUGUUCACGAGACUCGACCACCAAGGCACCGAGACAUAUGGCUUGAUGGGUACUAGGUUAGGUAGGUAAC